GGGGAAGUGUGUGGCAUCAGCCACAUGAUGGAGACAAAGUACUGCAGUACUGCGGCCUUCUUCUGAGCACGCUUGACUUAACAGGGGUCGCCUUGGCAACAUGUUUUACUGCUGGCAGCCUGAUAAAUGCAGCCCUGGCGCCUGUAAACUGGGAUAGCUGGACACAGUCACACAUCACUGCCAAGGACACAGCAACCCAGCAGGGCUUCAGCUUCAAACAUAAGAGGAGUUCAGCAUGGCUACGAAUCUGCAUGUGAAUGAGCUAAUGGAAGCAGCGAAGCCUCCUAACUGCGCAAGUGAGGACGGUCUCCCUAUGGUGUUGACUGAAACUGUUCAGGAACUUGAAGGUGUCCGAUACGGCAGAAAUCAUCCCAAUGCAACAGCAGAUGGGAGGAGAUCUUCAAGAGAAAAAACACAAAGAGGGAGGGAAGGAGGGAUGCUGAGGACAGCAGAAGAUGAGAAGGAGGAUGAAGAGCAGGAGGAGCAAGGUUGCAAAAGUAAGGGUCUGGGAGUGCUGAGGGAGCUGAGUGUUUUUCAUUCAGGCAAACUGAGAGAUUGGAAACAAGCUCUCAGAGAAUGUGCCGCCAUGCUCAACAGCACUCCACCAGGAGGUGGAGAUCAGCAGUGUCCAUCUGCAACAGAGAAUGCAGAGUGUAGGCCCCGUUCAGGCUCCUGCAGCGACAUUUUUCUGAGUGCUGGAGAGGACGUAGAGAAGAUAAUAGACAAAAUAGGCUCAAUCAUUCUCAAGCUGGACGCAGCAAUUCACCAGUUAUCUGUAGAUGAGGCCUCAAUUGCGGGUGAAGCACUUCAAGAAUCCAGAGAAACAGACGCUCCAGUGCAGCCCGAAGAUGUCAACAAUCACCCGAACUCCCCCGAUCGACUCGAGUCUGAUUUGGGGCACGAACAGGAGGUUGAGGUCGGAGCUGAUCGAAGCCCUACAAGGGCAUCACCAGAUACUGAACAAACAGCAGACUCCACAUUCAGCAGUAACUGCAACAAAGAGGAAGACACGGGGACAGAAUUGCAUGUCAAAGGUCAAGCAAGUGACUUUCUGGAGAAAUCCAUUCACUCUCAGACUGAGUUACUGGAUGAGACAGAAAAGGAUCGUGAGAGGAUCAAUGAUGAGGGCAAAGAGGAGAGAAGGAAUGAAUGGAUUACAGUAGGGCUCACUGGUCAGCUGGAGGGCAGCCAUUCUCAUGUGCCAGACGCUUGCUUUAUCAGAGCACCUGUUGGUGCAGCUGAAGUCCUGAGGUGUGAGGUGGCUGACACCCUGAGCUGCUUGAUGGUGACUGGCUCAGAGGAGCUGGUUAGUAGAGUGAUCCGGGUCAAAGUUGAAGAUGCCACAACUUUUCAUUUCCCCGCUAUUGUGGUUGUGCCUUUCCAAGCACGCCAUCGCGGCAACUACAGGGAUGUUGCUGUGAAGAUAAUAGAUGAGCAGAAGAGGGUCAGCUACAUCACUCCGGUAGCAACAGAGGCCGUGUAUGGAGGACAGAAGGGCUCGUUUGCAGAGGUGAAGGUGUACUCUGUGGGUCUGUUUGCAGUGGUUUCUUGUCUAAAAAAAGAAAAUUACACCAUUCCCAGGAGGGGGUUGUCACUGAAACUCCCCAUGGACCCCCGAAUCUGUCUGAACUACCUCCCAGGAUCCUUCACUGCACCUGUAAUAGCACAAACCAUGAUCCAGCCACUAGACGCCGUGCUUCUGGCUUCUGUCAAGUCCAGAAAUGAUGCCUAUCAUUCGGUGGUGUCUACCAGCCCGCUGCUCUACCUCACCCACCCGACCUCACAGCCCCUGAGAAGACCACUCACAGUCACGCUUCCAUGUCCCCCAAAUCCUGCGAAAAAGAGGAGCAUAAGGGGACAAGCAGAGAACCAAGACCCAGAAAGCUGGCCUGUCAGUGAUUCUCCUCCAUGGGAUUAUGCACUUUCCCACAGACUGAGAUUCGUGGAAGCCUCUAUGGAAUCUAAGGAAAUGUCCAACAAGUCACUGGUUGUUUUGGCCUCAAGGGACAAACAGUGGAUCAUCGUGGAUAAAGUCACCGUCAGGAGCCAGCAGAAGGGCCUGGUGUCCUUUGACCUGAUAGAGAACUUUGACAGACUGCUCGUAGUUCGUCUCCUCUCCCCGCCGCAGCCUUGUCACCUCACCUCCCUGGCAGAGGAGCUGGAGGAGUCGGUCGGCUGCCACGCCGUCACCGUCAUCCUCCAGCGAAGGCGAGAUGAGCCCCGCGCCGUCCUGGUGGCUGCCGUCCCCAGCAGAGACCUCAGCUGGGAACUGAACAGACUGCGAGCUCAGGGCUACAACGACCUCGUGGAGACCUCGUCAGAGAUCUCAAUGCGUGAAGGAGAUCAGCUUCUCGUGCGUUUCAGUGGCAACAUCACCUCCACUGUCAGUGUGGAAACCAACAAAAAUGAAGCCACACAUGAGCACAUCACCUUUCACAGCCAGAGGAAGAAUCGCCUCUUAGUGCAUCUGACUGAGGUGGACCCGUUUGGAAACUAUAGCUGUCCUCACUACAAGGGCACAGCCAUAUUUUAUAAGGUCACCAGAGGUCAGCUGGAGUGGCGAGAGGAUAAAGCUGUCCUUAAGGAUACGAAGCUUCUGGGAGAUCCCGUCUGUAGGCUGUCUCUGACUUUACCCAAGAAAGUGAGAAAUAUUACUCGCCCCGUUACAGCUCGGGUGAAGUUAUGCGAGGACUCAGAUUCCCUCUCAGACUCACUUCUUCUCUGGCUGUCCGGGGAGCUCUCAAAGGAGGAAACAGGCCUGCUGGUGCGCUCCCUGCGACUCCGCCGUAGUGCUGCUCAGCUGGUAAAGAUUCGAGCUGGGAGCAGCCUCUCUUCUCAGGCCUUCAGCAUCCUGGUUAUGUGGAGGAGAGGGCUGCCCGCCGUCCCAAGCCAACCCAAGGCCUCUCUGCUCGCUCGCUGCUUGGCCAAGAUUGGCAGGCCGGAUCUGGCCAGAGAAUUGCUGCUGAGACAGGCUGCAACCACCAGACAGAGCUCACAGAAUUAA